AUGGUGGGCCUCCUUCUGCUCUGGGCCAGCCUCUUGGUGGUCGGUGGGUUAUUGGUAGGGACUCCACUGUGGGUGUUCUGCAGGCAUUUCUACCUGGUGGACAUCCCCGCUGACAUCAGCCAUCCCAAGAAGCUUCGGUUUUACCACUGCAUAUUUGAACUGUUGAUGACGUGGGGCCUGCUUUUAGAGAGGUUGCACAUCUGUUCCAUGGGCCAGUUUGUCCGUUUCAUACAUGACCUGGAGCCUCUGAAGAAGGACCCGGAUGUCGUGGUUACGGACCUGCGCUUUGGGACGAUCCCUGUGAAGUUGUACCAGCCCAGGAAUUCCUCCAGCACCCUCAGACGUGGCGUCGUGUUCUACCACGGAGGCGGGGGCUUUUUCGGGAGCCUGAACACCCACCAUGACAUCUGCCUUCUUCUGUGCAAGGAGAGUGACUCCGUGGUCCUAUCGAUCGGAUACCGCAAGAUGCCCGAGUUUAAAUUUCCGGUGGUGACCAACGACUGCUUCGCAGCCACUGUCUACUUUCUGAGGUCACUGAACAUGUUUGGGGUGGACCCUGGCCAGGUGGUGGUCUGUGGUGACAGUGUGGGAGGAGGAGUGUCCGUGGUGUUGUGCCAACAACUUCUGGACUGUCCCCAGCUGCCCAGGAUUCGUGCCCAGGUGGUCAUCUACCCCAGUCUGCAUGGCCUGGAUUUCCAGUCACCUUCCAACCAGCAGAAUAAUGUCCCAAUGCUCCCUAGACAUGUUGUUGCCCGCUGUUAUCUCUGCUACCUGAAUAUCGACCCCUCCUGGAAGAAAGACAUGAUAUCGGGGGCCAAUCUGCCCCCUGAAAUCCGGGAGAAGUACAGAAAGUGGUUGGGCCAUGAUAACAUCCCCGAGCGGUUCAAGCAGAGGGGCUAUCGGCCAAAGCCCGUAAUGCCCCUGAAUGAUGCCGCCUAUCGGGAGACCCGCUUGGUGCUGGACAUAGGGAUGUCCCCCCUGGUGGCAGAGGACAAAGUGAUGUCUCAGAUGCCUGAAGCUCUCAUUGUGAGCUGCGAGUAUGAUUAUCUCCUGGAUCACUCGUUGUUGUAUAAGAAGAGGCUGGAGGACUUGGGUGUCCCGGUGACAUGGUGUCAUGUGGACGACGGUUUCCACGGAGUGCUCGUCACCGUUAGCAAGGGCUUCCUGCACUUCCCCUGCUCCCGGAAAAUCAUGGAUGCCAUUGUUGAUUUUAUUAAGGGACUGUGA